AUAGAUGAACGAACACAGCAUACCUCGCGAAUUCGCUUUCUUGUGGAUCAUGUCGGCCGACUUGUCGCCAACAGACGUUUUGUGUCCGUCAUGAACACUGCUGGCAAGGAUCGGGAAAGAGACUGA